UUGACAAAACCUAAUCUAAAUGAUCAAUGAUGAAAUCAAGUCCGUAAAAAUAGAAGUUUCCAUAUUUUAUAAGUUAAAAUAAGUACAAGAAUGAAAUCAUGGCUGAUCGGCUGCGGAAGAUCGCACAACAAGUCAAAGACAAGGUUCAGUUUGCACAAGUAAACGUUAGUAGCCGUGAAAAAGUCGAUCAAUUAAUAACAAAGUAUGCCCCGGCGGAACGCGUAGCAGCUAUUGCCGAAAAAUUCAAACAACAAACUUUAAUGUCCAAAGCGAGAGAGAUUGUGUCCAAGUAUGAGAAAUUUACGGGUAUUGAAGAGAUUAUGGCUAUCCAGAACACAGUGGUCGAAGCGCAGGAGCGAUUCAUAGGUGCCCAAGACAGACGCAGGGAGCUCGGCCGAGAGCUAGCCACGAUAGAAGCCAGGUUGAAAGAGCUACAUGCCGAAAUGCAAAACACUAUGAAGGGAGACGAGAAAUACUUACAGCUGUGUACAGAAGAACAUAAGCUGAUAAUCCAAGAGCGUGCAGCGCGAACUCUCUUCUCAGAAGCGGAGAGAGAGGAGAGAGAGUUGUUCGCGACGAUGUCAGCGGCUGUGAAACUGGGACAUGAGAGAGAGAGAGCUCACGCUGAGAGAAAUAAGUAUUGGUACAUUGUGGCGUCGAUUUUCGGCACAGUGCUCGGCAUAGCCGGUUCGACCAUAAACAACAGACUCAAAAUGGCGGAAUUCCGCGACAUGAUGGAACAGCAAAUGGCGCGCAGUGCUAGCGUGCUCUACACUAUAGCGGGCGGUGGCUCAGCUAGUAGAGCUGAUAUAAGCGAGGCUAUGAAGACCGAGUUCGCUUAUCAGGAACAACUCGCACACAAUCUAACUUUGAUGCAGGAUAAUAUAAAUAAUCUAGUCAGCAAGCAAUCUUCUUUAAUAGAUCACCUAAACCACCAAGAGCACGUGUUCGAAACGCAAAUACGCGAUCUAAAAAGGUUGAUAGUGGCCUCCGCGCAAACUAGCGCGAAAUCUGACGCCGAAAUUGCGAAAGCAUUGUCUGUGGUACAUCAGGACUUGGACGAUGCGGACAAAGAGCGGGAAAAACCACCGGUCGUUCUAGAAUCGAAUCAAAUUCUAACGGCCAUUGGUGUCAUAAUGUGCGUAGUUGUCAUUUUCGGUAACAUUUUCGGGCGCGUAAGUUGAUUUUUUAAUCGUGAAAAAUCAAGGCGAUCGUUUAUUUUUAUUGACAAUUGGCGAUUCGGAAUAAUAUUGUAUUACUUUGUGAUAUUGUUAUUGGGCGUAUUUUUAACGUAACUUAAUAAUUUAUACCGACAUUGCAGUCUAUACGUGGGAUUAUUAAAAAAAAAAACAAGACAAUACAUACAUAAAAAUGAAAAUAAGUCUUAAGCCAUGGGGAUUUCUUGUACUUAUAUCAUAAUAAUUAUACCACCUUCAAAUAUUUUUUAUGUAUUAAAAAUUUACCGUUUCCUUUUCUAUAACUCUUACAGACUGACUACAGUAACAACUGUCCGCUUUUUAUGUUAUCUGUACUCCACUAAUAUGUAAAUAGGUAAAAUAUUAAUUAUACUUGCAACUUUAUAAAAUGGGUUAUUUUUAUAUUUAUGUGUAAGGAUACGGCUUCUGUUUUGUUACUGAUUUAGCACAAUAAAUUAUUAUUAAUCGUUU